CCCGCUGCUACCUACAACGUGAAAAGCCCCAGUGGACCUAGCUCCUGCUGCACAAGCUCUUGACGAUAACUUUAGAUACCUUAGCUUACACUGAUAGGUUAAGCUUGUAUGCAGGUACUCUUUCUUCUGAACUUUUACUGAUGAAAAGGCAAUUACUCGCCCAACGAAAGAGAGAAAAAAAAACGCACCAAACACAUUAAAAAUAAACAAAAAACGCAAAACGAGCAAACGCGAUGCCAAAUAUAAGCAUAGCCUUUGAUCUAUACGGCACUCUGCUGUCGACAGAUGCCAUCUCGGACCAGGUGGCCGAGAUGUGUGGCGAUGAAACAAAAGCCAAGCAAAUCACGAGCCUCUGGAGGAGAUACCAGCUCGAAUACAGCUGGAGGAUCACAGCAAUGGGAAUAUACCGCCCCUUUGCCGACAUCACCGAAGCGGCCCUCAAGCAUGCCGCCGCCGAGGCCGGCGUGCCCCUGAGCACGGAGGCCGUGGCCGCGCUGCAGCGCAGCUACGACGCGCUGUCCGUCUACGGCGACGUGGAGCAGGGCCUGCGGCAGCUCGAGUCGGAGCGGCGCGAGGGCGGCCGCGACGUGCGCUGCUUCAUCUUCAGCAACGGCACCGCGGCCGCCGUGAGCGCGAGCGUCGCCAGCUCGCCCACGCUGUCGCGCUACGCGGCCGUCUUUGAGAAGCCGCCGCUCAGCGUCGAGGCCGUGGGCGCCUUCAAGCCCGCCAGCGCCGUCUACGACCACCUCGUCGCCGAGGCCACGGCGAGCAGGAGCGGCAGCGGUGGGAGCGGAGGCGACGGUGCGGUCGGUGUCGAUGAUGUGUGGCUGGUCACGGCGAACCCGUUUGAUGUUGUUGGUGCCAGGGCCAGCGGCAUCAAGGUGGUGUGGAUUGACAGGGCGGGCACGGGGUGGAUCGACCGGCUCGGGGAGGUGAUUGGGACGGAUAUCGGGCCUACGCAUAUCGAGGCUGGGGUGCACGAGGCUGUUUUGAGGAUUCUUUACAGUUAUGUGUAACAAGGAACUCGAGGCUCUUUUUCAGGGUCUGUGGAAUCAUAUCUACUAUAAAAUUACUGCGAUAAAGUGUAAAGUGAAAAGUGUGAUGUCAGUCUCUCUGAGCAGCAAACACAAAAACAUGUGUCUUCUACCACAGUCUUUCC